UUAUAAUCUUCUCCUUCCUCGAAAAUUAUCGAUAGAAAAUUCUUUGUUAAUUUUAUAAUCAUUUAUACUAUUCAAAGCAUAGGGAAUUAAGGGAAAAUUUUAGAGGGGCUAAAGGGAAGAGGAAGAAAUGCUUGGAUUGACGCUGAUUAUAGUGGUGGCCUCGUCCGUCGGAGUUGUUACGUUAAUCCUUUUGAUUCUUCUGGUUUGGCGGUGUUUUUGUUUCAGAGAACGUAAAGAUUUCGCACCAAAAGCUCCGAGCUUUCGAGCAACAGUUGGGAGUUCUGCAAGAGUUCAACAAACGGCGAGUGUUCAUCAUCAACCUAUAUACUCAGAUGUCAGAAGAAGAGGGAGUCAAUACGGUUUCGCACGAGGGGUUUCGGUGAAACCUCUGUUUAGUUGGGCUGAUCAUCCAUCGCUGGUUAACGAAGCCGUCGAGAAUGGAUGGUCUCAAUUUGCUUUCACCGGCAACAAAUCCUCGACGACAAGAUCAACGUUGUUGGGUUUAUGCGCUGUCGGUGAUCAGGGAAUCGAGACCGAGGCUGAGAUGAUGUGGGAAGUUUGUCAGGGAUCGGUAGAAUUCAUGCAGAAUAUAAGGUUCAAUUCUGGGGUGAGAAGAGUGAGCAUAAGCCAACCUUCCAUGGCUGCUGCGUCUGUAGUUAGGGCAGCUUUGCCUUUGCCAGGCCCGCCCUUGGGAAACACUUCUGCUUUUCCUCAAGAAGCCUAUUUCGAGAUCACAAUUUUGCAUACUCAUGGUGAUUACAAGGAAUCAGUUGGCAAGGUUAAGGAGGAAGGUGAGAAGACUAAACUAAUACAAGAGAAUUCAAAUGCAAAAGCCAUUUCAGAUUCCUUAAUCCAUGUUACCAGCAGUCAAAGAGUUAACAACAUUGAAGAGUUCAAGGUUGACAUUUUUGAAGAAAGUGGGAAUGGUGAAGCAGUAAAGCUUUCACUGGGGCUAUCUGCCGGAGGCUCUCUUCCUUCAAAACUUCCCGGCAGCUAUCCGGGAAGCAUCGGAUUCAACUCCGACGGUUCUCUCUAUCUUGAUGGAAUCAAACUGGUGUUCGAAUCCAAAGAAGCAGAUUGGGGAAGAACAGAUCAAGUGAUUGGUUGUGGGUUUGAUCCUCGGCAGAAGAAGGUGUAUUUCACAGUAGAUUCAGAGCUGGUACACGUUGUCCAUUGCAAGUCAGAAGAAUUUGGGACACCAUUGUAUCCAACUCUAGCUGCAAACAUUGAUAUCUUGGUUCUGGUUAAUCUGGGACAAAGUGUCUUCGCCUAUGGCCCUGCAAAUGCGCAGAGGACAGCAAAUCCUUGCUUUGUUCGCCCGCCUAAUGAUCCGAAUUCCCCUGCUGUCGAUGUGGGGUAUGAAGACAGCAGAGAUCUCUUCUCAAUGACAUUCGAUUCCCAGUGGCUUAAUUCGAGUACAAUCAGAGGCAGCCAGAAUAGCACUGCUAAACAGGCAAAAGGUUCUGAACAAGAAACAGAGGUUGAACUGUUUGAAAUUGUCUUGGAAGAUAGCGGAAGACCCUCAAAUGCGAUGUUGUAAGUUGUAAAAACAAGAGGCUCUUUGAUCAAUUCAAAAUCAAACCUCAAGUGGCUUGCUCAUCUCCGAGAAAUGCACAGAUAGAACACCUUGCAGAUGCUGGGCACAUUUGGGUUGUCAUUUUUGGCCAUUCAACUUCUUGUUUUCUUUGUUUAUUUAUUUUUCCUUUGAGAAACCAUUUUACUCCCUUGUGAAUAACAAGAUACUGUUGGUAGCUUUUUAAAAUAAUACAAGAUACAAAUUAUAGGGUGUACAAGCUUCAUACUCUAUUUGAAAAAAAAAA